AUGUCGGGGGUUUGGGUGUUCAAGAAUGGAGUGUACCGUUUGGUCGAGAACCCGCAGGCAGAGGGUUUGGAUGGGAGGCAGGCGAGCCCCCGUAGGAAGGUGUUAGUGCACUUGCCGAGCGGGGAGGAGAUAUCUUCCUACUCGUCGCUGGAGCAAAUCUUGAGGGGAUUGGGAUGGGAGAGGUACCACGGCCGGGGAGAUGCCGACCUCAUACGGUUCCACAAGCACAACUCCAUCGACCUCAUCUCUCUCCCCCGCGACUUCUCCAAGUUCAGCUCCGUCCACAUGUACGACAUUGUCAUCAAGAACCCCAACAUCUUCCACGUCCAAGACCGCUCUUGAUCCGUUGGUCCCGAGCCCCUCUUCGAGUUGGUCUCAUGCUAUGAUUAUCAUGUGUCUUAGACGUUUCUCUUUCCACGCUCAUAUGUAUUUUCUCUUUUCAAACUCUCAAGUCUUUCCUUCAGUCCAUUCGUGUGUGCUUGGGUGCAGGGUUUCCAGUGAGAUUUGUUCUCCAUGUAUUGUCCUUUGUUACUU